GAAACACCGAGGAGGCUGGAAGGCUACUGGGCAGCAAGAAUGUCCGUGUCAAUUGCUUGGAUGAGCAUGGCAUGACCCCUCUAAUGCAUGCGGCGUAUAAAGGGAAAGUAGAUAUGUGCAGGUUGCUCUUGCGACAUGGAGCUGAUGUUAACUGCAAUGAACAUGAGCAUGGAUAUACUGCCUUGAUGUUUGCUGGACUUUCAGGAAACAAAGAAAUCACCUGGAUGAUGUUAGAGGCUGGAGCAGAGACUGAUGUUGUCAACUCUGUGGGAAGGACAGCAGCUCAGAUGGCUGCUUUUGUGGGUCAACAUGACUGUGUGACCGUCAUCAACAACUUCUUUCCACGUGAAAGGCUGGACUACUAUACUAAACCACAAGGCUUAGAUAAAGAACCAAAACUGCCAGUAAAAUUAGCUGGACCUCUACAUAAAAUUAUUACUACUACUAACAUGCAUCCUGUUAAGAUUGUGUUGCUGGUUAAAGAGAACCCUCUAUUGGCUGAAGUAGAAGCACUGCAGAAAUGUUACAGGGUUCUGGAUCUAAUUUGUGAGAAAUGCAUGAAGCAGAAAGAUAUGAAUGAAGUACUUGCUAUGAAAAUGCACUACAUCAGUUGCAUCUUCCAGAAAUGUAUUACAUUCUUAAAAGAACGAGAGGAUAAACUAGAUGGAUUUAUCAAAAGUCUCUUGAAAGGGAGAGAGAAAGAUGGUUUCCCUGUGUAUCAAGAGAAGCUGAUUCGAGAAAGUAUCCGAAAGUUUCCUUACUGUGAAGCUACAUUGCUCCAGCAGCUCGUGAGAAGUAUUGCUCCUGUUGAAAUAGGUUCUGAUCCUACAGCUUUUUCUGUACUUACACAAGCUAUUACUGGCCAAGUGGGUUUUGUGGAUGCCGAAUUCUGUACAACUUGUGGAGGAAAGGGUGCAGACAAAAGAUGUUCUGUAUGUAAAAUGGUGAUGUACUGUGACCAGAACUGCCAGAAAAUACACUGGUUUACCCACAGAAAAGUCUGUAAGACCCUGAAGGAAAUUCAUGAGAAACAAGAACUAGAAGCUGCCAAAGAAAAAAGGAAACAAGAAAAAAAGCAAAAGAAAGAUGAAGUGCAACUAGCAGAUGGUAGUUCUACAAGCGAUGAACAGUCAGAUCCUGGUCCAGAUGCUACCAAACAAGUGGAUCCAAAUAAUGCUACUGACCGAACGGAAGAACCUGAAUUUACUAAAGAGGUGGAGGCGCGAGCCCUGCAUUCUGAAAGUCCACAGGAAAGUGAGACUGGCUUAGCUGAUGUUGCUUUUAAAAAAAUUCAAGAUUCUGAGGAGUAA